AUGGCAAACUACAAAGAGGAAAAGGCACCACUGCCGACUACUGUGACCAACUUUCGUGACGUGGCAAGCCAUGUUCAGAAUAUGAAGUCGGGGAUGCUGUUUCGUAGUGGUCAGAUAGAUGAUGCAAGUCGCGAAGACCUGGAUCUCCUGCGAGAACACUAUCACAUAAGAUCAGUAAUAGAUCUGCGUGGCAUGCGACCAUGGCCACUGGUGUCGACUGCGGAAGUGCCAGGCAACAGCAUCACAGAUCACGCCAUGCAAUACCCAGACAAGAUAGCCAGCACAAGCGUACUUGGUCUUCGACUACACUAUAUCGAUCUCUGUGGUCCUCAAUUCGGUCAAUACAUGAUGAACCAAAUGGGCUUCUGGGAACGAACAAAGGGUAUCGCUCACGUCGCCUUUUCGCCCACCAACGGCAUCGCGCGUUGGAAAAAGCUCCAGGGCGCGAAGUUGUCUCAAGACCGCUUGACUAUCCCAAUCACUGUUAUCGAUCGGUCGUUCCCCCAGAUCAAAGCGGUCUUCAAGGUCUUGGCAGAUCCGUCCUCCUACCCUAUCCUUAUUGUCAACAAGUACGGCAGUGAGAUGGUGUCGUUGAUCGUAACACUCGUCUGCUUUCUUCUGCACUCAGAUAUGCAGGAUAUGCACCACGAUUACAUGCGGACUUAUCAGGAAACAGCAGGUGUGCGCCAAGAACGACUCAAAGACAUCAGAGAUUCGGGGAUGACGGAUGAUCAUAUUGAUCCCUACUUGCCCUUUGUCAACACCAUCGAACGACACGUUCGAGAAAAGCAUGGUGGUAUCGAGCAAUACCUGCUGACGGUUGGCUUUGAUCAGCUCGAGAUACACACCAUCAAGAAUACGCUACUCUCUGCUUCAGCGCUCUCCGAGAAGCAGGGCUUUCUGGUCGACAUCUGA